AUGGUGGAUCUGUCGAUCACAUUCACCACACUAGAGAUCUUAAGAUUAACGACUAUCUUAACAAAUUCACCAAAAUAAAUAAUGAUUAUAAUCAAGAUUUUAAAGGAAGCAUUAAAAAUACGAUAUCUUUUACUUGGUGGAGCAGUUGGAGGAAGCGUUACAUUACAAAAGAAAUAUGAACAAUGGAAAGAAGGUUUACCAGAUACAUCCUGGAUAAGUCAAAUAAUGCCAACAGAGAAACAAUGGGAUAAUUUUAGAUCAUCGUUGAUAUCUGUUAAAGAUUCUAUGGCCGAUUCGCUUGAACUUGAACGACAUCUAAAGAAUCUAAAUAAUGAAAAAUUUAAGGAAUAUCAGAAGUGGUUUAAUGAGCGAUUAAACGAUGCCAUUAAAGCUACUGAAAGCAAUGGAACUAAUGACAUUGUAAAUGGUAAUAAUUCAUUCAGUGAAGUAGAAGUGAUGAGAGCCUUUCUGAACCAAAUUUAUUCAGAUAUCAAAGAAGAGGUAGUUAGAAAUGUAACAGCGUUCGCUGAAUCUGAAACUAGUGAGACAGAAACAGAGAAAUUGAAAUAUAAAAAUUCACAACAAAAGCUAGAUUUAAUGCAAGACGAAGUGAUGCAGAUACAAUUAAAAUAUCAACGAGAACUCGAAAAACUUGAGCGUGAAAAUAAAGAAUUAAGGAAGCAAAUACUACUUCGAGGAAAGCUCAAGGAUUCCGAUCGAAAAAUCAAAAAAUCACUUAUCGAUAUGUAUAGUGAAGUAUUAGAUGAACUCAACGAUUACGACAGUACGAACUCGAUAACUGAUCAUUUGCCACGAGUUGUAGUCGUUGGCGACCAAAGUUCCGGAAAAACUUCAGUCCUUGAAAUGAUAGCUCAAGCACGAAUUUUUCCAAGGGGUGGUGGAGAAAUGAUGACUAGAUCACCAGUGAAAGUCACUUUAAGCGAAGGACCUUAUCAUAUCGCACAGUUUAAAGACAGUAUGAGGGAAUUCGAUUUAACUAAAGAAUCCGAUCUAGCGGAACUUCGAAACGAAGUUGAAUUGCGUAUGAAAAACAACGUAAAAGAUGGACAAACUAUAAGCCAUGAUGUCAUAGCUAUGACUGUUAAAGGUCCAGGAUUACCGCGCAUGAUUCUAGUGGAUUUACCAGGAAUUAUUAGUACAGUUACAAUUGACAUGUCGAAUAAUACUCGGGAUGAUAUACGCCAAAUAACACAACAAUAUAUGAGCAAUCCAAAUGCUAUUAUCCUGUGUAUUCAGGAUGGAUCUGUGGAUGCGGAAAGAAGUAACGUAACUGAUAUAGUUUCACAAAUGGAUCCUACCGGUAAACGUACUAUUUUUGUUCUUACUAAGGUAGAUUUGGCUGAGAAAAAUAUGACAAAUCCUGAUCGAUUAAAAAAAAUUUUGUCCGGCAAAUUGUUUCCAAUGAAAGCAUUGGGAUAUUUUGCCGUUGUUACUGGGUGCGGGAGGCAGGAUGAUGGUAUUCAAGCGAUAAAGAAUUACGAAGAACAAUUUUUCUCGAAUUCAAAAUUAUUUAAAGGUGAAUUAGCAUUAUCAAGUCAAGUUACUACUGGAAAUUUGAGUUUAGCGGUCGCUGAAUGUUUCUGGAAAAUGGUGCGCGAAACCGUUGAACAGCAAGCUGAUGCUUUUAAAGCUACUCGGUAUAAUUUAGAAACAGAGUGGAAAAAUCUUUUUCCAAGUUUUCGAGAGUUAGAUAGAGAUGAGCUGUUUGAAAGGGCAAGAAUGCAAAUUUUAGACGAAGUUAUUAAAUUGUCUCAAGUCUCUCCUAUAAAUUGGGAAGAUAUUUUACAAAAGCGUUUAUGGGAAACAUUUAGUAGUCACGUUUUUGACAGCAUAUACAUACCUGCUGCUCAAACGAGAAAUGCGAGUUCAUUUAACACAAUUGUAGAUAUUAAAUUAAGAGAUUGGGCGGAGCAUCAGUUACCAACUAAAAGUGUUGAAAUUGGUUGGGAUUGUUUGCAACAAGAAAUCAACAAUUUCAUAAAUGAAAGUAAAAUAAAUACAAAGCACGAUGGUAUUUUCGAUAAUUUAAUUGAAGCAGUCAUUCAAGAUGCCACGUCAAAAUUCACUUGGGAAAAUAAAGCUGUGGACAUGUUGCGAGUUCUUCAGUUUAAUACUCUUGAAGAUCGAAGCGUAAACGAUAAGAAAAACUGGGACGAAGCAGUUCGUUUUCUUGAAAAUGCUCUUAAAGAAAAGAUUCAAAUCAAUAAUAAAAUAUUAAAGAAUCUAGUUGGACCGGGUUUUUCGGAGCGUUGGUUGUAUUGGCAAUACCUUGAUAAAGAGCAACGAGAGCGUAGCGCGAUUAAAGGGGAAUUGGAUAAAAUUUUAUAUCUCGAUCAGAAACACCUUCCGAUGCUAACACAUAGUGAAUUAGCAGUUAUAAAAGCAAAUGUACGAAAUUAUGGAUUUGAAGUUGAAGACGAAAAGAUAGAAGAAAUAUGGGAUCCUGUAUAUACAAAAUCUUUCCUAGAACAAAGUUUAAUGAGAGCAUAUGAUUGCAGAAAGGGCUUUUAUUUAUAUCAAAAUGGUUUAGAUAAUGAAUGUAUUGAUAUCGUAAUGUUUUGGCGUAUUCAACGUAUGCUGAAAGUUACUGCUAAUGCCCUACGGCAACAAAUUGUUAAUAGAGAAGCUCGCAGGCUUGGAAAGGGGAUAAAAGAAACUCUAGAAGAUUAUAGUCAAGAUAGUAAAAUGAAAGAAAAACUAUUAACAAGCAAAAGAGUUACAUUGGCCGAAGAAUUAAAGCGUGUUCGACAAAUUCAGGAAAAACUUGAAGAAUUUAUACAAGCAUUAAAUAGAGAGAAGUAAAAAUAGAAAGAUAUCGUUAUGAUAAUAAGGUAAAUUAGGUAUUAAUGAAUAAUGCAUCAAAUUUUGUGAUUGUUUUUUGUUAUAUAAGUGAUCUUUUAGUUAUAUAUCUUAUCGAGUAAAAAUAUUGAAAGAAGCAAAGCUGUAUAUGAUAAUACUGAAUCGAUAUUAAAUAUAAUGCAUUAGUCAAGAUAAUAUCGAAGCUUUUUUCGUUUUUAUUAUAAUUUAUAUUCUACACAAUAGCGUAUA